GGUGGAUUCUCUGAAUGACGGCACAUCUGGUCGGAUUGUGAACGAUCGAUCACCACUAUGUCUGAUCAUGCCAAGCGAUCUUCCAAGAAGAGACACAAAAAGCUCAUCAAAGCGGGGAAGAGCCUAGAGAACGAUUUCGGGGUGAAACUCUCCGCCGCGCCAACAAAGUUCGUGCUGCUCUCUAAUGCUGGAUUAGUCAAUGGUGGUUUGACGUCUUCGAUCCUGAGAGCCCUUCCUGAAUCGGACAAUCUGCAUUAUGACGUCGUGCUGCACCCGGACAAAACAUAUGCGGUCGUGAGAUGUCCUAACAUCGAAGCUGCGUCUGCUGUGAUUGAAAAUCUCGACGGAUCGUCAUCAUUGGAUUAUCUCGAUGGACAGCCGGUUCACGCGGGAUAUCUGGAGGGCGAUAUCCCAGAUCCUGAUUUGCAGAGCAGUUCCCUGCCCUCGGGUCUGGAGAUUAUCGAGAACGGCUUAUCGCCCGAAGAUGAAGCCGCCUGGCUGAAACUCUGCUCGUUCGAUGAUGAUUCCGCUAGCUGUCUCCUCAAGAACCGUCUGGUUGAACAUUUCGGAUACCGUUUCGACUACGCGAUCAAUGGAGUUAACCGAGACGACCCUCUGCUUGAGAAACCGAUCCCAGAACCCUGCACCAAGUUUCUCAAGGGGCUCGUGCACCGAGGGCUGAUGCCGGAAUCUUGCUUCCCGAAUCAGCUCACUGUCAACAGAUAUGAGGCUGGCGCCGGAAUCCCCGCACAUUGUGAUACGCACUCAAUGUUCUCCUCGUGUAUCGUUGUGGUGUCCCUCGGCGCGGACGUCGUCGUGAACUACCGGAAAGACGACACGGAACUUUCUGUUCUAAUUCCAAGGCGGAGCGUGACUCUGAUGCAGGACGAGAGCAGAUACGCCUGGACUCAUAGCAUCAUACCCAGGAAGUACGAUCUCAUUCCGAGCGGCUCGGGUGCGCCCCUAGCCGUCGCUCGGGGGGUUCGAACAUCGUUCACAUUCCGGCGCGUUCGCUCCCAGGAAGCAUGUGAUUGCAGCUUCCCAUCUCUUUGCGAUUCGAGACUUAAGUUUUCCCUGGAUGAAUCCGACGCGGCGCAGCUAGAGAAGCUACAUGUUCAUGAAGUGUACGAAAACAUAGCGAGUCACUUCAGCGAUACCCGUCACAGUCAGUGGCCGAAAGUGGUGGAGUUCCUCAACAGUCUCCCAGAUUGUUCUCUGGUAGUCGACGUGGGAUGCGGGAACGGAAAGAACAUGCUCAUAAAAAACAGGGAAGACCUGAGUUUCAUCGGCUGCGACCGCAGCUCGGGGCUCCUGGAAAUCUGUCGUCGGAAGAAUCUGCAGGCGUUGCAGUGUGAUUGCUUGGCUUUGCCAUUCAGACAUGCGGUUUUCGAUGCCGUUAUCUGCAUUGCCGUGAUUCAUCAUCUCUCCACGUCACUUAGGCGAAGGCAGGCGAUCGAACAGUUGCUGAGUCUCCUCAAGAAAGAUGGAAAGCUGCUGAUAAGUGUGUGGGCCUUCGAUCAGAACCUCCGAGGAGGAUCGAAAUAUCUGAAGGGUGGUGAUCCUUCUACCGCUACAGCGAGGCACGCAUGCAUUCGUGCCGGCAAGGCUGAGGUCACUCUCCCGGUACACACGAACCGAUGCGCAUUUUCGAACUCAGAUGUUCUCGUUCCAUGGAAGAAAUCCGAGAAUAACGAUACGCAGCAACGAUAUUACCAUGUGUUCGACAAGGGUGAACUGAGAUCACUCGUUCAGGAUAUUGAGGGAAUAGAGCUGCUGGACGAAUACCACGACGAAGGGAAUUGGUGUAUAAUUUUGAAGAAAACGCAACAAGUAUUAAACGAGGUGGAAACGUGA